AUGUCACACGAAAACUCAUCUUGUCAUACGGCCGAGAUAGAGGCAACCAAUGAGCCUACAAUCACCAAAUCUCCUACUACUUCAAGCCAGGUUGAGUUCCUCCGACCGUUGCAAGACUCACAGGAUUCAAGUGGUAUUGCCUCAACCCGAGAUUCGGUGAUUGGAAAAUCAUGUCAAGAUACUCAUUCGGCACUUCCCACUGGAGUAAACCUUUUCACUCGCCCAGCAAUCGAGACGGCUGAGGAAAUAGGGGCUGGUUUCCAGUAUCAACCUCCACCGGGUCGAAUUGUUCCCCAGAACCCCAGAAAGACACAAAAAGUCCCUACUGCAUCGGUACUACCAACAAUAAACAAACCAUCGGAAAAGGUCUCGAAUUCUAGACGACUAGAGUUCGUUGACCCCGACAAGCGGCAGAGGGACCCGCCUUUGAAUCAUGAUGUAGAGAACAUAGGAAAAUACGUGGCUAGUCCUCCAGCAACUUCUUCAGGUAUUGAUACAGUCAAUACCGCAAGAGUCUCGCGAGUAGUUCCGGAUAUUGAGGUCUCUCAUACCCAAGCACCGAUCCUCGAUGUAUCAGACCCAGCUCGCGAGGAGAACACGUAUAACUUUCCCUUUCCAGAUGAGAACUCAGACGGGGCUGAUCUGCUACAUUCGGAUGGUAGGAAGCAUAGAUCGUCGUAUUCCCCUCUUUCUAAGUCUCAACUUCCAAAGUCCAUUUCAGAUACUCGUCGAAAGGCUCUUGCGACAAUGUCGCCUCGCAAUCGGUUGUUACGACGAAAGCUUUCAGUGUCAUCGUCGACCUCUUCUGAACGUCAAUUGGCCCAAGCGGCAAAGGCGUCUGUGGAACGAUCACAUCCGGGGAAUAAGCAUCGCCCAAAAAUUCCCAAGACGACUUCGACUUCCAUUGAAACUAGAGAAGAUGCCCAUACGAGCGAUGCUGAAUGUCCUACAAAAAAGCAUCGUACUGACGGACGGCAGAAAAGAAAAGACCUCACACGGCCCGUACUUCUCGAGUCUCCCCAAUACGAUCAUAUGUCGACAACGAGGCCUUGUUCUCAGGCAUCAAAUAUUUCAAAGCCGCGAGCUCUCCUGAAGAUGCACCAUCAACAGCGCACCCCCUCUCGUGAACAAAACAGUCUCAAUCUUAUAAAGUUCGCCAAGUCAUGGAACACAAACUAUCUCUACAACCAGAGGCUUCUGGAUCGUUGGGAGCAGAAAAUGGUAAUGCUCGAGGACCACAUCUCGUCACAAGAUUCCAUCAUUGAACAGUAUCAACAAGACAUCGAAUUUCGCGACCGGACGAUUAAAGAUUUAUCAGCCAGGGAAGAAGAUCUCAAUGCUCAGAACCAGAAGAUCCAGGAUGAGAUAACUACAUCCUCAAGCGCACGCAAGAAGCUAGAGGAAAAAUUGAGAGCCUGCAGGAAUCGGUUGAAUGAUGCGAUUAAUGAGCAACAGCAGCUUUUCUUGCGAUGCAAAGAGAACUGCGAAAAAGCAACCGCGGCCCUUCGAACAGAGGGACAUUUUCAGAAAGAAACCAUGGAAAAAGCAACUGCAGCCAUAGAGUCAGUACGAGCCGAUAUCAAGCAAAAAGUGGCCACAGUUAUCGAUGAUACCAAUGGACAAGUUGAAAAUUUGAACAAGACAAUCGAGUCUCUUGAAACCCAACUGAUUGAGCGCGAAAAAGAAAUAGAACGCGAACGACAACACGGUCUUGACCUUAACAACCAAUUGACCGAGUUCCGUAAAUUAAAUGAGCAAACAAUCCAAUCAGUGGCUACACAGAACUUAGAGCUGCUAGAAAAGAUGAAAUCAGAUCGCGAGCGUUGUGAAAAUAGAGAUACAUUGGUUCAGAAACAAGAUGAAAAGAUUGAUACCAUCCUCAAAGUUUUGGAAGAAACAAAACUGAAAACAGCAGACCCGAAAGCUUUGGUAGAAAGGCUAGAGGGACUCCAUAAUACCACAGUCGAAAAGAUAGUUGUGGGAGUACGGAAUUCUAUGGACUCUUACCGAGAUUCCAUCAUUACGGAUCAGGGGACCCUAAAUGAAAAUCUUGGUGAAAUUCACCUCUUGUGCGAAGGAAUUUGCGAGCGAAUGACAGAUGCCAAUAAUGUCGCGGAAUGGCAAGGAAGAGCUCAUGAUGCCGACAUGGCUAUCCAUACACACUUACAGAAUAUUCAAGAGCUGCAAGAUGAGGUUCAUCAGAUGUAUAUCCGUUCAAAUGAAGAGUUGGAAGAGCGAGAAAGACUCAAGAGUCAAGUGACUGCUCUUCAAAACGCUGCAGACAAAGAGCGGGUUGCAAGCGAGAAGGCCAGAAGCCUUGCAGAAGAAGUCGAGUGGCUCCGAGGGGCUCUGGACGAAAGGGAUGGAACAAUAACUAAAUCCGGUGAGGAUCUCAAGUCAGCCCAAGAAGAACUGAAAGCACAGGCUCGUAUUUUGCAAGGCAAGGAGCAGCAGAUUCAGAACGAGAACGAACAGCAUCAGAGGAUUAUCGAACAAAAUGUUGAGAAACAUAACCAAGUUAUUUCUGAAACGACGAGAGAGUUCGGAAAAAAAUGCCAAGCUACUGAGAAGAGACUCCAAGAAGCCGUCGUGGCCCAUGCGCAACUCGAGCAGGAGCUAGCCGAAUUACGACAGGAGGCGGAGAUUUCAAGUCAGGCGAAUAUCGAUGAAGACCUUGACAAAAUCCGAGGGGAACUUGUUGGGUUAAUAACUUCAAUGACCGGGCUGACAACAGGCCUACAGGAAUCCGAACAUGAACGGGAGGCUUUGCGAAGGAUUCUGGAAAAGUGGUCGCGCGAUAGAGGUGAGGUUGGCCAAAUGAAAAAUCUCCUAGGACGACUAGCCAAAGAUCAACCGAACACAACUAAAAUAGGCGAGCAGUUGAAGGAACUAUUGGAGAUACAGAAAAGAGUGUCUGGCACUCUAGAGUAUCAUCAAGAGGGGCUAGCUAAUUCAGAAGUCAUGGCUGGCUGUAGUGAAGAUAAGCAAAACGGAAUGUCUAUCCAUGGCGAGGAUGGUUUCAGUGUAGUGAACAGGCUGGAGAGCAAUGUUGUCCAUGCGCAGGAAGAGUUACAAAGCCUCAAGCGAAAGGUCGUUGUAAAAUCUCCAGCUAACGAUGACAAUCCUGCAUUACCUAUGUCGGUUGAAGAGGAAAGAAGUACUAGGCGACAGCUACUACCCCCAAGAGGGAUCAUGAAGAUGACCACCCGUAGCACCUCGAGAGAACAGGAAGCGGAAGGGAGCACACUUACCACGGAUUCCCAGAAAGCAAUGGCGCCACAACCGUCCACUAACCGCAGAAUAGCAAAGAGAGGCUCCAAACCCUUCCUCACAACCCAUAGCCUGUACAACCGGCCUGUGUCGGGAUCGAUUUCGGGAUUAGGCGGCAAACAGAUCGACGCAAGCCAAGCUAGUCAUAACGAGUACAGAGACGAUGACGAUAUAGAUAACAAUGAGUCUCUCAUAAGAGACUUCAGUAAAAUCGUCGAACUAGGCAGCGUCGAUGAGCCUCCUAUGAAACGUCAUCGAACUAAUGAUGGUCAAAUUAUUCAAAACGUCAAGAUAUCUCGCUCCAUGUCAACACAGUUUUCGGCUAAGUCGGACGACCUAGGACCCAAGAAAAUGCCACCAGUGCCGAAGACACUAACGUUGCGAGGAGGUCCUAUCGAGAGAAGACAAUCAGGCUUGUUAACUUAUGGUACAUUGUAA